GAAAAAGACAUACAGCUUUUUGGAUUUCAUUUUUAAACGCUCUGUUUUUGCUUAUUCGUUUUCCUUUUUUUUCUUUUUCUUUUUCAUCCGAAUCUCGUUGGGAGUCGACAGGACGCUAGCAAGAUUUUCUGCUUCAUUUUUCGUCAGCAUGUGUCAUGUCAUCAUGAGAGCUUAGACUAUACGCUCCGGCGAGCUUUUUUGCGUCAUAAGCUGGAAUAUAAGAGAUGUACAGCAGCGGAGGCGUUUGUAUAAUUUUUGGAGAGACUGUAAGCAAAGAAAGAAUUAACUAAGGAAAAGACGAGCCCCACCAUUCUUUUUGCUUCUCUGGAUCUCCCCCCUACACUCUUUCCCCAGUUGGUUUGGCUCUCUUUGGUGCGCUCUUUUGGUGCGCUGCCUGAGGUCACGGUUUGCGCGCUUUUCCCCUCACUACAGGAGUUCCAGCUGUGCCCAUGAGGAGAAGAAUAAGAUUAAAGCCACCAGCAGCUGUAGUUCAGAUAUAAAUAUAUAUUUUAAAAAAAAUCACAGCGUUUUUUUGUUCUCGCAAGCAGACGAAGUAACAGACUGGGAUGCCCUGCGUUUGUGUCUGGAUAUAAAGCGGUCUGCGUCUUUCUUUGGAGACGUUUAAAUCAGGGGUGCUAUUUUUACUUUAUUUCUCACUCUACUCUUUUAGGCUGUGAUUAACACUGCAGGAGAGAGGGCGAGAACUGAAAUUACUCUCUGACGACGUUGUUGUUUUAUUUCUAAAGACGGGAGAUAUGAUGGUGCUUUCUUUACACUUGUGUGGUGUGUGUUUCUUCUUCAUGUGGACUAUAAGGAGCACAUCGGUGCUCGACGUGUCUGGGACGCAUCAGGGAAUCCCUCCUGCAGUUGUGAAGCUCUGGGCUUCAGCAUUUGGAGGAGAGAUGAAGUCUAUUGCUGCCAAGUACUCUGGAUCACAGCUUCUACAGAAGAAAUACAAAGAGUUUGAGCGUUCAGUACGGGUCGAGGAAAUUGAUGGCCUCAAACUUGUGAAGCAACUGGCAGAAAACAUGGAGGAGAUGUUCCGUAAAAAAGCAGAUGCUAUGAAGCGUUUGGUAGAAGCAGCAGAAGAGGCCCACCUGCAACACAAGGAAGACCCUGAUCUGCAGUAUGAGUAUUUCAAUGCUGUUCUCAUCAAUGAGGUGGAUGAGGAAGGCAAUAACGUGGAGCUAGGUGGAGAAUUCAUCCUGCAGCCCAAUGAACAUUUCAACAACUUGUCUGUUAACCUCAGCCUGAGUGUGGUACAGGUACCUACCAACAUGUACAACAAAGACUCAGCAAUAGUGAAUGGAGUUUACUGGUCUGAGGCGCUUAAUAAAAUCUUUGUGGAUAACUUUGAGAGAGACCCAUCCCUCAUAUGGCAGUACUUUGGCAGUGCUAAGGGCUUCUUUCGACAGUACCCGGGUAUAAAGUGGACACCAGAUGAACAUGGAGUUAUAGCAUUUGACUGUCGAAAUCGGAAAUGGUAUAUACAAGCAGCUACGUCUCCAAAAGAUGUGGUAAUUCUAGUGGAUGUGAGCGGUAGCAUGAAAGGUCUCAGACUGACUAUUGCCAAGCAAACGGUGUCUUCGAUACUGGAUACACUGGGAGAUGAUGACUUCUUUAAUAUUAUUGCUUACAAUGAGGACCUGCAUUAUGUGGAACCAUGUCUGAAUGGAACUCUGGUACAAGCUGACAUCACCAACAAAGAUCAUUUCCGUGAACACCUUGACAAGCUAACUGCUAAUGGUAUAGGGAUGCUGGAUAUCGCUCUAACUGAGGCUUUUGAGCUCCUCAAUAAUUUUAACGAAACAGGCCGCGGAAGUGUGUGCAGUCAAGCCAUCAUGCUGGUGACAGAUGGAGCAGUGGACAUGUAUGACACCAUCUUUGACAAAUACAACACACCAGACAGAAAGGUCCGUAUAUUCCCUUACUUAAUUGGACGGGAGUCUGCCUUCGCUGAUAAUCUCAAAUGGAUGGCCUGCACUAACAAAGGUUAUUUUACUCAGAUCUCCACCUUAGCUGAUGUUCAGGAAAAUGUGAUGGAGUACCUGCAUGUGCUCAGUAGACCAAAAGUGAUCGAUCAGGAACAUGAUGUGGUUUGGACCGAGGCUUACAUCGAUAACACACUUCCUCAGGCUCAAAAGCUGGAGGACAGUCAGGGCCCUGUACUGAUGACCACAGUUGCUAUGCCAGUUUUCAGCACAAAGAACGAAACAAAGAAUAAAGGAAUUCUUCUUGGUGUGGUUGGCACAGAUGUUCCAGUGUCUGAGCUUCUAAAGACUAUCCCCAAGUACAAGCUGGGGAUCCAUGGCUAUGCGUUUGCUAUUACCAAUAACGGCUACAUCUUGACCCAUCCAGACCUGCGCCCUCUGUAUGAACAAGGAAAAAAGAGAAAGAAGCCUAACUACAGCAGUGUAGAUCUCUCUGAAGUUGAAUGGGAAGACAAGGAAGAUAUGCUACGCAAUGCUAUGGUAAACAGAAAAACUGGAACCUUCACUAUGGAAGUCAAGAAAGCUGUGGACAAAGGGAGACGGGUGCUUGUCCUGCAUAACGACUACUACUACACAGACAUCAAAGGAACUCCUUUCAGCUUAGGUGUGGCCUUGUCAAAGGGACAUGGUAAAUAUUUCUUCAGGGGGAGUGUCACCCUGGAAGAAGGACUGCAUGAUUUGGAGCAUCCUGAUGUGGCACUGGCAGAUGAAUGGACAUACUGUAACACAGAUGAGCACCCUGAACAUCGGUACCUGUCUCAGAUCGAGGCAAUCAAACUCUACCUCGAUGGACGAGAAUCGCACCUUAACUGUGAUAAAGACUUAAUUCAGGAAGUCCUGUUUGACGCUGUGGUGACUGCACCAAUCGAAGCUUAUUGGACCAGUCUGGCGCUCAAUAAAUCAGAGAACUCUGAUAAAGGUGUGGAGAUAGCGUACCUCGGCACACGGACAGGCUUGUCGCGGAUCAACUUAUUUGUGAUGCCUUACCAACUGAGCAAUCAAGACUUCCUGACGGCUGAGGAUAGAGAGGGUGUGUUCAACGCUGAUCACUUUCCACUGUGGUACAAAAGGGCAGCGGAACAAGUGCCAGGCACCUUCGUCUACUCGCUUCCGUUUAAUACAGGGUCUGAGAAUAAGAGUGUCGUACUGGCCAGCACUGCUAUUCAGUUACUGGAUGAGAGGAAGUCACCAAUUGCUGCAGCUGUGGGGAUACAGAUGAAGUUGGAAUUCUUUCAGAGAAAAUUCUGGACUGCCAGCAGACAGUGUGCUACCCUGGAUGGGAAGUGUUCCAUCAGCUGUGAUGAUGAUGAUAUAAAUUGCUACCUCAUAGACAACAACGGCUUUAUCCUUGUAUCAGAAGACUCGUCUAUGACGGGUGUCUUCUUUGGGGAGGCAGAGGGUGCCGUCAUGAGCAAACUACUAUCCAUGGGUUCUUUUAAAAGGGUGACUCUGUAUGACUAUCAGGCCAUCUGCAGGAUCUACGCCGAGAGCAGUGACAGUUCAAGCUGUCUGUUAGACCCCUACUUUGCUUUCUACGCGACUGUUAAAUGGCUGCUGACCGAGCUCAUCAUAUUUCUGAUGGAGUUCAACCUGUCCAGCUGGUGGCUGGUGGAUAGUACAGCACAGGCCCAUAGAGUGGGUCGGACUAUGUUGGUUCCAUGCGAUACCGAAUACCCGGCCUUCAUCUCAGAGCGAACCAUUAAGGAGACCACAGGGAACAUAGACUGCGAGGACUGCAUUAAGUCGUUUGUCAUCCAGCAAAUUCCCAGCAGUAACCUUUUCAUGGUGGUGGUGGACAAUAAGUGUCACUGCAGAGAUUUUGGACCCAUCACUAUGGACCCCAUCGAAAUUAUGUAUAACGAAUCACUGAAAUGUGAGCGCUUGAAACUGCAGAAGGACAGAAGACGUCCGGACACGUGCCACCCAUUUCACCCUGAGGAAAACUCUAUGGAAUGCGGCCGGGCGUUAAACACGAGUCCGUCUGUAGUGGUAACGUUCUUUGCUUUGUUAGUCGCACUAUUUCCCAGGUGACGAGAGACACUCAGCCUCUAAACACAUGGAUCAGCUUGACCAGCCUCGAGCUUAUUCGGCAUGCAAAAGCGAUGAUUUAAACAACCACUGAGACUGACACUGAGAGAAAUAAGUAAACAUAAAGAGAACGGUGCAGCCUCGUGGAGAUCAUUUUCAUUUCUUGUUUUUUUUGUUUUGUUUGUUUUUUUGUUUGUUUUUUUCUUUUAAAGUUGUAGGCAAUUUCUAUGGACAUUCAAAACACAUCCUGAAAUAAAUAUAAUGAUAAUAUUGAAACUGGAGUAUUGCUGGUGUGCUUGUUACUAUAAAUCCUGAAACCCAGGAAGAUUCAUUUAUUCAAACGAAAAAAAACAAACAAAUCAAUAAAAUAUUUAAUAAAUAUAAUAUGAACUGAUGAUGAAUAUUAUGCCUCAAUAUAAAGUGUAUAAAAGAAAAUGUUUAAUUAGAAUUUUUAAGUGUUAACCAUACUACUGUGAUCACGGACUGUAAAGUCUACUAAUGUCAGUGGUUCUGUAUGAGCUUUGCCUUACAUUAAC